AUGUCGAACUCGCCGCAGGAGCAGCUGCAGGAGCGGGAUGCGCAUCCCCGCGUUGACGAAAAGACCAUCGCCACCGGCGGGAUUGACCUGCUGGGCGAGGAAGCCAAGCCAAUUGACCCCGAGGUGGAACGGCGAGUUUUGCGGAAGAUUGAUCUGUUCUUGAUGCCUGCAAUGGUAAUCGGAUAUGGUCUGGUGUAUUAUGACAAGGCAAUUCUUGGAAAUGCAGUCCUCUUUGGCAUGACUACCGACUUACAGCUGUCGGUUACUGACAACUCAGUCAGCCCGCCAGUCACGGAUACGUCCAGACUGAGCUGGGCAACCUCCAUCUUCUACUUUGGCCAGCUUGCCGGCUCUUAUCCCAUGACAUACAUCCUGCAGUGCUUCCAAACACGACGCGUUCUAGGUCCAGCCGUAAUUAUCUGGGCCAUUAUAUGCGCUGCUACUGCCGGUGUAACUACCUGGAAAGGACUCUACGCCCAGCGAUUCUUCCUCGGCUUCACUGAAUCGAUCAUCCCAACUGGAUUCAUGGUAAUAGUGAGCGGCUUCUACACACAGCGAGAGCAAUCGUCCCGCCAGAGUGUGUGGUUUUCCGGUACCGGGUGGUUCACUAUCAUCGGCGGUGCCUUUAACUACGGCUUUGCCCAGAUUGACAGCGGGGCCUUGAAGCCGUGGCAGUAUAUUUACAUCUUCGCUGGCAUUUUGACCUUUCUAUUUGGAAUCUGGUGUUUCUUCCUUCCGAACGACCCUCUCAACGCGUGGUUCCUCACUCCGGAAGAGCGUCUGGUGGCAGUGGAGAGACUGCGAGCGAGUCAGACUGGAGUGAAGCAUAAAAAACUGAAGACUGGGCAACUGAAAGAGGCCAUCCUGGAUAUCCGGAUCUGGCUUGUAGCUUUGACUAUGGCUGCUGCAUACACUGUGAACGGCGCAGUAUCUGGCUUCGGGCCUCUUAUAGUCUCAACAUUCGGCUACUCUUCCCUAGAAAGCAUUCUCUUCCAGUUUCCGCUCGGCGGUAUCUCUGCAUUCGGCAUCAUCGGUACCGGCUGGCUGUGCUCUCGCUACCGCAACAUCCGCGUCAUAUCGCUAGUUCUCUGCUGUCUCCCGGUCAUCGCGGGCUUCGUGAUGAUCUGGAAAUCCAGCUGGGGAUAUAAACCUGCUACGCCCGUUGCUGGAUACUCCCUGAUCGGCUUCUUCGGGCCAGUCGUGGGCAUCACCAUCUCUCUCGGCGCGAGUAACAUUGCAGGCGAGACGAAGAAGAGCUUUACGGCCGCGGCUGUGUUUGUCGCGUACUGCGUUGGCAAUAUCGUCGGUCCUCAGUUGAUCCACAGCCAGCAAAAGGCGGACCACUAUCCUGAUCUGUGGACUGGUCUUAUUAUCUGCUACUGCAUUACGAUCCUCUGCGCGUCGGUAUUGGCUGUGCUGUGGUUUCGCGAGAAUAAACGGCGAGCAGGUCUUGGUCUGAAUGACAGCGAGCGUGAUCGUCUUGCGUUCAAGGACUUGACGGACAAGGAGAACCUGCAUUUCACGUAUGUAUACUAG